AUAGUAUAUUAUUAUUAUUGAACUUUGUUCACGUCGGUGACGAAGGCAAAGUACAUUUCAUUUUAUAUUUACUUUUUCCGGGUUCAUUUAUAUUUAAUUUCUCUUAGUAUAAUAACAAAGUGUGCUACUAAAGUUAUAAAAAUGUCGUGUUUUAGUGUAAUUUCUCGUAAUUUUUCAACUUCUGUAACCCGUGCAGCGAUUAAAAAUAUUACCGUUGUCGGAGGUGGUUUAAUGGGCUCAGGUAUUGCUCAAGUUUCUGCUCAAAGUGGUCAUAAUGUAACAAUUGUAGAGCUUAACCAGGAAGUUUUAGAUAAAACUCACAAGAGUAUUCAACAGAGUUUACAAAGAGUAGCCAAAAAGGUUUAUAAGGAAAAACCUCAAGAAGGUGAGAAUUUUGUUUCAGAAACGUUAUCAAGAAUUAGUACUUCCACAAAAAUAGUUGAUGUAGUACAAGAUUCAGAUUUAGUGUUAGAAGCCAUCGUUGAAAACUUGUCUAUCAAGCACAAACUUUUCAAGUCUAUUGAUGAAAUAGCACCCGCAAAGACUAUAUUUGCUUCCAAUACAUCAUCAUUGUCUAUCGGUGAAAUUGCAGCUGUCUGUAAAAGGAAGGACAGAUUUGCAGGGUUACAUUUUUUCAAUCCUGUACCAGUGAUGAAAUUAUUAGAAGUUGUUAGAACUCCGGAAACAUCUGAUGAAACUUAUGAACAAUUAAUGGCUUGGGCAAAAGCUAUUGGUAAAACAGCUAUUACUUGUAAAGACACUCCUGGGUUCGUAGUCAACAGACUUCUUAUUCCAUUGUUGGCUGAAGCAAUUAGAAUGUUGGAGAGAGGUGAUGCUUCUCCUAGGGAUAUUGACAUCGCUAUGAAGUUAGGCGCUGGACAUCCAAUGGGACCUAUUGAGUUGGCAGAUUAUGUCGGACUUGAUACUACUAAUUCAGUUUUGAAUGGAUGGCAUGAAAAUUUCCCAGAGAAUCCAUUGUUUAAACCAUUACCAUCAUUACAGAAAUUAGUUAGUGAGAAAAAAUUGGGUAUCAAGACUGGUGAAGGGUAUUACAGCUAUAAGAAAUAAUAUUCUUAUUUAUCAAUAUUUUUUGGGGGCAGUAAUAUGAUAUUAUUUUAAUUUUAUUUGUAUACUACUUUUUAAAAUUGUAGUAAUUAUUGAAAAAUCAAAGUAUUUGUAUAUUCUAUUGUUUUAUUAACAAAAUUUAUAUUUAUCAGUGUUUCAAAUAAACUUAUCUAUUUUAAAUAAA